GACUGAUAGAUCGAUCGACACUCGACGCGUCAAAGUGUUCAGUUCGAUUCAAUAAUCUCCCGUGCGGACGCUUAAUAAAGACGUUCUCUCGUCAAUUAAUUGCCGUUAGAUCUACGAAUUUAUCGAGGCGUAUCGAGGCAAAGCCGAUCGUAUCUGUUGUCGGUAUAACAUUUUAUAACUCGCUCGACUGUAAGUGCAGUGAAAGGUUCUCCCUCGCGCAUGAAUCAUUUUAGAUCGCGAGUCUACUACUAUUCGAGAUUUGUGUAGCAACGGGCAAAUCUCGAAUAGUAGUGGACGAUCGUCUCGUCGAACGAACGCGGAUGGCAAAAUACGACGAGGAGGGGGCUAAAGGAGACUUCUCGCUCAACACCGAGAAUCGAACGCGGUUUAUCGUUCACGACACAAAGGUGCUGCGUGAAAUAGGGGUGCCAGGAGAGGAGCCUUUGAAUUUAAAAGCGUCGGAGGGAACUCCGUACUUCGAACCGUACACGCGUCAACAUCUGUUCGGUAGCGACUACCAUUCUGUUUAUCAUCAAUCGAGCCAUCCGAUUUUUGCGUAUUUCACACCUCUGUCAAACCUGCCGGAUUCCACUUCAAGCUUCUUCUUCUUCGGUCAAAAUACGAGCGACGGUAUUCAUCAGCGAAUCAAGUGCGGCGAUACCUUUCCCCGGGCCUGUCAGCACUCGCGCUAUCGAAGCUACGAUGGUUCCUGCAAUAAUCUGCAAAAUCCUACAUGGGGCAUGGCCAAUACGAGAUACGGAAGACUUAUACGCCCACGUUACAGCGACGGGAUUCAAACACCGCCGAGAUCGGUCACCGGCGCAAACUUGCCAUUGGCUCGAACCGUCAGUCACACAAUGUUCCCGAACCUCAACAUCGACGACAGAAUAUGGACUCUGGUGGCGAUGCAGUUUGGACAGAUAAUGACGCAUGACAUGGGUCUGAUCGACGGCGUCACUCAAUCAACGUCGCACAGCAUACGAUGUUGCACCUUUGACGGGCAAGUAGUACCGCACCAGGCGACGUUGCCCCGAUGCUAUCCGAUACUUAUAGCUGAGGGAGAUCCGGUGUACAGCAGCUCCUCCGUACGGUGCCUGAACUUUGUUCGUAGUACGACCGACCUUGAUCGCGGCUGCUCGUCUCCGCGCAUGCCGGCACAACAGCUAAACACCGUCACCCACUAUUUAGACCUUUCGCUCGUUUACGGCUCGAGCGACCAAGUUGCAGCUAGCCUGCGAGCAGGUUUUGGUGGACGUUUGAACGCAGAGUUGAGAAAUAACAGGGAAUUUCCACCAACGGCAGCUAAUAAGUCCGCCAUAUGCGAAACGAUGUACGAACACGAGCCUUGCUAUGCUACCGGUGAUUUGCGAGCCAAUCAAAACCCGCAACUGACGAUUCUACACAUCGUACUUCUCAGAGAACACAAUCACAUCGCAAAUUAUUUGGCAAACUUAAAUCCACAUUGGACUGAUGAAACAAUAUUUCAAGAAACGCGACGAAUUGUCAUCGCCGAAUAUCAGCACAUCGCAUAUUACGAGUGGAUGCCGAUUUUCUUAGGUCGCGAACAGAUUUAUCGAGACAAAAUCACAUACAACACUGACGGCUACGUAAAUGAUUACGACGAAACGGUUAAUGGUAACACGCUGAACGAGCACUCCACCGCAGCUAGUAGAUACUUUCAUACUCUCAUCGCCGGUAAUCUCAACUUGGUGGCAGAGGAUCGUCACGUCUCGCCCUUUUAUAAUCUGAGAUUGAGCGACCACUUCAACAGACCUGGUAUUAUCGAGAAGGGUAACAACUUGGACGAUCUGACAAGGGGUUUAGUUAGUCAGCCGCAGAGGGACGCCGAUGUAUAUUUCGAUAAAGAGAUAACGCAGUACCUCUUCAGAAGAGGAAGAGCCCUCGGGUCUGACUUGAGAGCGACGGACAUACAAAGAGAUCGCGAUCACGGGCUCGCUUCUUACAACGAUUUCCGCGAAUAUUGCGGAUUAUCACGGGCAAAGAGUUUCAUGGAUUUUGCCGAUUACAUCUCGUUUUCAGACAUACACAAGCUCUCGACGUUGUACGAUAGCCCGGACGAUGUCGAAUUGACUGUCGGAGGAUCUUUGGAAAGGCAUAUCACCGACACAUUAGCCGGUCCGACGUUCUUAUGCAUCAUGACGAGACAAUUUCAACAAACGCGAAUCGGUGAUCGUUAUUGGUUUGAGACUCAAGAUCCGGAAGUAGCAUUCACGAUAGAACAACUAAAUGAGAUACGAAAGUCGAGCAUAUCACGACUACUUUGCGACAACGGGGAUCACAUUCGACGCAUGCAGAGAGCAGGGUUCCACCAGGUCUCCGUAAUGAAUCCGCUCUUGAAUUGCGACCAACUACCGCAAAUGGAUCUUUCCUAUUGGAAGGAUUACGGUUCGAAUACUCAUGAUUCUGACUAUCAGCAUCUCACGAGUCCGCAAUAUAAAAAGUAACAAUCCGCAGCGAGCUUUCAGCAGUCCGUCUCUAGGUUAGGACUUUACUAAGAUUACUAAGAUACCAAAAAGAAUUACGCCUACUUUUGCGAAAUUCGCGAAAUAGAAUUCGCAGUUGAACAAACCUUUGUACAUCAUGAUGUGUUACUUCAUAUUCUUGUCAAAAUAUAUAACAAAUUAUUUAUCUUAUUUAUUGUUAUAUAGGCGCGCUGUUUUUUUCAAAAUUUUCCACGUCUUUACGAUGCCUUUGGACUUUAAUAAUGUCUCUGUAUUUCAAACAAUAAGGCUACUUUCCUAUUUGUCAGAACCGAAUGCACAAAGUACGUUCGUUCUUCUGCUAUAUGUGUACAAAUAUUAAGUAUGCAUUCUGACAUCAGGACAUCAUUGGCAGUGGAUUGAACGGUGUUCCAGAAGAGUUUAUCAAAUUUGAGCGGUUACUUCAUAUCGUUAAUGGAAAUAUUAUUAUAAUAAAGGUAACGAUGCGUCACGUGACUCAAACUGUAAUUUACGACGCAUGUAGUAGAUAAAUGUACUGUUAAUAGGUAACUUUUAUAUAUUACGCAAAUUUUUUUUUAUGACACGGAUAAUAAUGAUUAUUUUAUAAAGUAUGCUUUGUAAUCGAUUGUCUGCGUCUC